CUUAUCAGUCCUGGCAGAGAAAUCGCAGCUGCCUGCCAAAGUUCAAACAAAUGACUCACUUAGCAAGACUUUUAGCUCUUUUUGAAACGGAUCAGCUAAACUUUGCUUCCCAUGGAGUGAGAGCAGUCCCAAAGCUCCUUAUAUAUCCUGUGGGGUGGGGCUCCUGCCCCACCCUUCCUUUUGAUGACACUGCCUCUCUAAUCUUCUGAAGUGCGGGUCAAGCCAGGCUUGAUUAUUAUUAUCAGCUGGAUCUGAAGGCAUAGCCUGGGGAAGGGAGAAAUCAGGGGAUGACGGCCUCAUUACGUCCUCCGACUGGUCUGGUUCUGGUUCCUGGACCUGAGCCAAAGGAAUCAGUGCUCCCGAGAAUUAUCGGGUGUGUUUAAAUUGAUGUCUUCUGCUACCGAAAUCUGCUUCAGCACCAUGACAAACAGAAUAUCAGAAGUUGGGGAAUUGCCCUUGGAGUCUUUGGUGACUUGCAAACUGUGCUUAUCUGACUAUUCACUGGAUAAGAUGACCGCUCUUCAGGAUUGCAAUUGCAUCUUUUGUACCUCAUGUCUAAAACAAUACAUGCAACUGGCCAUCCGUGAAGGGUGUGGUUCUCCCAUCACUUGUCCAGACAUGCUCUGCUUAGACCAUGGGAUGCUGCAAGAAACAGAGAUAGCCAGCUUGGUGUCUGCAGACCAAUUUCAAUUGUACAAGCAGUUGAAAUUUGAAAGAGAAGUGCAUUUGGAUCCACUGAGGACCUGGUGUCCCUCUGCUAACUGUCAGACCGUGUGCCAAAUUGAACCAAGCGACUCUGGAUUACCAGUGCCUAUAAAAUGUCAGACGUGUUAUUUGACAUUCUGUUCAUCGUGCAAAGAACCUUGGCACAUAGAGGGAUCAUGCUCAGAAAGCCAUUUGAAUGGGAUUGCAAGUGAGCAAGGAACACUUAUUAAAAACAACUCAGAAGCUCCAAUUAAACAGUGUCCAGUUUGUCGGAUCUAUAUUGAACGGAAUGAAGGCUGCGCUCAAAUGAUGUGUAAAAAUUGCAAGCACACAUUUUGCUGGUACUGCCUACAAAAUCUGGAUAAUGACAUCUUCUUAAGGCAUUAUGACAAAGGUCCCUGUCGAAAUAAACUGGGCCAUUCACGAGCCUCAGUUAUGUGGAACAGAACACAGGUUGUUGGCAUCCUAGUGGGCCUGGGAAUCAUCGCUUUGGUCACAUCUCCAUUGCUGCUCUUAGCUUCGCCGUGCAUCAUUUGUUGCGUCUGCAAAUCCUGCCAAUGCAAGAAAAAGAAACAUGGUCCACCACCAACAUAAAAUGUUCUGCCUAUUUGGGAUGCGAAUGUCUAUCAUGUUUGUCAGGGAGAAGACUAACGGUUGACGUCUUGCACUUUGCUUUACCAACCGAUUCUCCUUUGUUUUGCCAACUUCUGUAAAAAGUGCCUACUGGUUCACAGGUUGCCACUUUAUUUGCAAGCUGCAGUUCAGCGGGGGUGGGGGAAGGGUGGGGCUAUUUGUUGUGAUCUGGGUUCAUUCUGUUUUUUUUUUCAUUUUUUUUAAUGGAACCGGACAUGUAAGGUAUUUUAAGGUGUUUCAAAAUGACUGCUUUGUUGAAAUUGGCAGAUGAAACUGCAGCCGUUCACCAGAUUCUGAAUUUUCAGAGCACCUUGACAGUGUAUCUCCUGAAGAAGCUGUACAGUUGAGUAAGAAAAUAAAAUGGGUAAUUCAGCACUUUUAAAAGAAAAUGUUGGUUACUUUAAAAUUUUAGAUUGCUAGUGCAGACUUAGUGGCAAUUAAAAAAAAAACCAACUCUUUAAGUUACUAUACAACUUUUUAUUUUUUUAAAAAAAUCUGUAGUUGAAAAGGGGAGAAACUAUAAAACUCAAGUGCUAACAUCAUUGGUAGAUCACCUUGCCAAUUUACACGUUUUUCAAAGGCAAGUCAGGUCAAAUAAUUUAUUUAAAAUAAGUUCUACCUUGCUACUGCACCAAAACCGGUAAUACGAGUCUGGCUUUACAUUGUAAGCAUAAAAUGCUGAGCAGAUCACCCUAUUUGUAUCAUUUAUAUGGCCUAUAAAAUAAUUACUUCAAAGCAGUUGAUAAAUCCUGAGUGCUAGUUGAGAUGCUAGCUUUGGUCCAGAAGUCAGAAGUGCAGCAUAACUGACCUGAAUAUGACAUAACUGGGCCUUUAUUUAUUUUUCUCUAGAUUUCAUUAUUACUGUCUUAUUCCUCAUGGUUGAAGUUUAGCAGAGGAGUGCAAAUGAUAUUGAGACAUAAGGACUUUGGUCAUCAGUAGGAACAACUGAAUUUGCCAAAAGGUUUGCCUUUGUAGACGUAUUGUUCAGUAAAGAAUAGUGAAUACUUAAAAAACCAAAAACAUGAUCCUAAUACAUAUUGUUGCAACAAAUAUGUAUAGCCAUUUUGUUGAGCUAGGGAGAGACUGUGAAAAUAACAGUGUUCUCUGAACAAAUGUUUGUAAGUUGUGGACUUCCUCUAUAUCUACAACAAAACUGUGAAGAUAACAUACAGCUCAAAACAAGUUACAUGUGCAAGCAUAAUUAAUAAAUCUAAAUUUUCAGUUGAAAUAACUACUUGUUCACGUUGGCAUAUCUAUUAUCUCAAAACAUAUCCUCGGCUAGUGUGAAAUUAAAAAAAAAAGACAUGCCUUGAAAAUAUUGGAAAAGAACAAAGGAUGAUGGAGAAUAUACAGCUCUGCAAUCUUGGUUACAAGAAAAUAAUUCUCUAUUCUGAUCAUGCAUUCAUCCACACCACCCCAUUCUAUAAUAAAAGGUGGCAUUACAUAAAUAAGGCACUCAAUUGUUUCUUGAACAAUUAAAUUUAUGUAUUCUAUGGUAUGUAGUCUAAUACAUCAAGGAAAGCCAUAUAUGUUUCAUAAUGCUCAAAAUGUUGUCUAAUGUCAUAAAAUUGUCUGGACUUUUACAAGAAAAUUCUUUUAAUAAGCUUAAAUUAUUGGAUCAAUUACUGUAGAAAUAAAUUGCCAUAUCAUCAAGGAAUGUUUUAGUUAACAGAAUACUUUGUGUUUAUAUUAUCUCUCAUAUUGCUUAUGGAACAGCAAUAUUCUAUCUACAGUAUCUAGCAUGAUGGCUGGGGAAUUCUGGGAGUUGAAAUCCACAUAAGAUUGCUAUAGUUGAGAACCACUGACCUAAAACUAUCUGACUUGUAUGUGUCUAAUUUUCUGAUAUCUAGUUUGAUAGUAAAAUAUAAGCCUUGGGAACCUUGGCCGGUGUAAAAUUUUAAUAAGUAAUAAUUUGAACUGGAAUCUUUAGUAGCUGAAUGAAAAGGGGGACGACGUAGGAGAAACAACAAAGAAGGACCAGUUCUCCUACUGUAAAUUUCUCUACCCACCCCCAAAUCUUGCCAGGUCCCCAGUUCUUUUUUAAAUUAAAAUUGAUGAAAUUUGUAGGAAAUGUUUAUCAGAAAAUGGUAGCCGAUCAGAUUAAGGAUGUGUAUUUCUUUUUUUAAAAAUUUUUUCUUUGUGUAAAACUUGUUAACAUGAAUAAAUAAAACUUAUUUUGACAAAAA